AUGGCGGAGCCCCGGGCGGCCGCGGCGGCGCUGCUCCCGGCGCUCCUGUUGGCCGUGCUGGCGCCCUGGGCGGGCCGAGGGGCCGCCGCCGCACCCACCGCCCCCAACGGCACGCUGGGGGCCGAGCUGGAGCGCCGCUGGGAGAGCCUGGUGGCGCGCUCGUUGGCGCGCCUGCCGGUGGCCUCGCAGCCCAAGGAGGCGGCCGUCCAGAGCGGCGCCGGCGACUACCUACUGGGCAUCAAGCGGCUGCGGCGCCUCUACUGCAACGUGGGCAUCGGCUUCCACCUCCAGGUGCUCCCCGACGGCCGCAUCGGCGGCGUGCACGCGGACACGAGCGACAGUCUGCUGGAGCUCUCGCCCGUGGAGCGGGGCGUGGUGAGCAUCUUCGGAGUGGCCAGCCGGUUCUUCGUGGCCAUGAACAGCAAGGGCAAGCUGUACGGCUCGCCCUUCUUCGCGGAAGAGUGCAAGUUCAAAGAGAUCCUCCUUCCCAACAACUACAACGCAUACGAGAGCUACAGGUACCCGGGCACUUUCAUCGCCCUGAGCAAGAACGGCAAGACGAAGAAGGGGAGUCGGGUGUCACCCGCCAUGAAGGUCACCCACUUCCUGCCCAGGCUGUGACCCCCGGCCUCCUGCCCCGGUGUCUGGGUGCUCGGGGGGCCUUUCUUCAGAUGGACAGUUUAAGGCGAGAGUAGGUGUAAGAUAUUUAAAUUAAUUAUUUAAAUGUGUAUAUAUUGCCACCAAAUUAUUUAUGGUUCUGUGGGUGUGUCUUGUUUUUUUUUUUUUUUUGGAAAAAAAGACAAACAAAGGAAAACAAACAAACAAAACCCAGCCCUGGGUUCUCUGGUAAGACGGUGAAGACCCUGCCACUGGCGUCAUUUAACGUGUCAAAAAGUUGUCACAAGUGAGCUGCUACUUCUCUGUGUGUUUAAAAACAGUGACGUCAGCCGCCGGCCUCAAGCCCGCUUUGCACGGUGCCCUGUAGCGUGGCUGUGAGCGUCCCUGCGUCAGGACGGGCCUUCCUGGGGGCCCUGGAGCCAGCUAAGGACCCUCCCAGCCCCCGGCUCUGCUCCCGGCAUCCUCCGGAGCCCCGCUCCUUUGGGCCCUGUCGCUGUCCGUCGGGGCGUAUCGCCUUACUUGGGGUACAGAAACCACGCUGUGGGAGUGAGCCCUGCCGCUCUGUUUUUAGACCUGCCAAGACUGACCUUUGAACUUCCCUGCAGUCAAUCUUCCUCCAUCUCCCCGACGGGGGAGACUCUUAGACCACUCUGUAAACCCCCGCGCUCCUUUUUUGGAUCAGCCACAACCCGCGUUGCUCUGUGGCCCCUGGGAAAGAGGCCGAAGCAAAGCAAUUUGGUACAUCCGACGGAAAGGAACCGACAUGCCCGCGGGAAGCUAGACGUGGGCAGACAGGUGUGGAAGACUACAGGUCGUGAGAGCAGGUACUUCUGGUAAGUCAUAGAAUAUAGGGUUAAAAAAAAAAAAAAAAAGCACCAACCUGUGCUUGGGCAGCUUGGGGCUGAGAACUAGCUGUUGACUUUAGGUGAAAUGUCCCCGUAACGGGACAAAAACACAUGAUGCCGCGUUUGCGUGGAGGAAGAUGCCGUCCCUCUCCAUUGCAUUCCCGGAUUAAGUGCGUUUCGCAUCUACCUCGGGAGCCCUUAAACCAGUCGUCUGGCGAGAUCUGCAGAGGGCUCGGACCGGGUGCAGGGGAGCACCACCCCCAGGGUCUCUUUUUCCAUAUGUAGCCAAAGGGAUCGCAGAUAGCCUCCGUGCGUCCCAUUCAAACCUUGUCACGUUUGAGCUAUCUUUACCCCGUGAUUUACUUUUAGUAAGGAUAAUCAUGGUGAAAAUAUUUGCAGACAGCUGUUAGAGUGCACUAUAUGGUCACCAAGUAACCUUAUAUUUUUCUUUAUAUAUUUUACAAAUGUAACCCCUGUCGGUGGCAGCAAAGACACAGGGGGG